GAGUUUCUCGCUGUCAAAUCACAAAAAACCGUAUAAGUAUAUGAAAAGUCUUAAUUAUGAUGCAAUCGUGUCAGAUGUUUAAGGAAGCUACGUUAAUUCGUGAUUUAAAAAUAGCAAAUUUUCUGACUCCUGACUCAUGAGUGUUUGCAAAAUGUCACGACAAAGAUGGUGGAGUUUUUUAUUUAAGUAAAUGGUACUUUAACUGCUUUUUUAGAUCUUACGAGUUAAUGGUUUUGCAUUCGUGAGUUCUUUCGAAAAUUUAAGAUUUAUUUAAAAGAUACCAGUUUAAAAACUUGCUAGGAGAAUGUCAAAAUUGAAACAACUUGGUCUACUGAUAUGGAAGAAUUUCAAGCUUCAAAGAAAACAUCCGAUUGGAACCAUUUUUCAAAUAGGGUUACCAUUCUUCGUGUCAUUCAUAUUCCUGGCCUUGCGAUUGUUCCUUGUCACUGCCAAAGAUUGCCCAGCCUUGGUUUGGAAUGAAUUCAAUGUAACCUCUCCACCACCUGUACUAAGAAGAUCAUUCUCUAUAGGCUUGGCUGCAAACAAUGCUUCUCAACUCUCCCAUGAGCUUUUCAACAACCUUACAUUUUAUCUUAAUGAACAUGCUUAUCCGGAUCAAAACAUCACCUUGCAAAUAUUUCCAAGUGAGGAUGACAUGGUUAAUGAAAUAAUGCGCUCCUCUGAAGGCAACUCUACCAAAUACAUUGGAGGUAUAUACUUUACUCGUCUCCCAUCAAAACAGGCCAAUUUCAUCAACUACACGCUGCGAUUCAUCAACCUAAAGGAAGACAACUCUGGCCUUGGCAAGAAUGGCCAUGGCUGGUUGACAAAGUAUGUUUUCCCGAGGUUUCAAAAUUCUGAGCCAAGAAAUAAAGAUGAUUCUCAUGGAGGCAGUCCAGACUAUUAUAGUACCGCUUUCUUGUUUGCCCAACAUGCAGUAGAUCAAGCUAUUAUUAGACAGUUUGCUACUCAAGACCAAACAUCAGUUCGCAUGGAAAAAUUUCCAUUCCCAAACUAUGUGAAGGACCCCUUCAUUUUGAUUAUUCAAACUUACAUCCCAUGCCUCAUAUUAAUUGCUUUUAUUUAUACUACACUUGACAUUGUGCGUAAUAUUAUAUAUGAGAAGGAACAAGGGUUAAAGGAAACUUUAAAAAUCAUCGGCGUCAAUAAUUGGCUUCAUUGGGUGGCGUGGUUUAUUCAUAGUUUUCUUAUUUAUCUCGUUGCAGUUGUCAUAAUGACGCUUCUUUUCACGAUAAAAUUGAACAGUAAUGGACGUGUUAUAGACAAAACAGCACCCACAAUAUUUUUCAUCUAUCUUUUGCUUUAUAUUACCUCUGGUAUUUUGUUUUGUUUCUUCGUAAGCGUUUUUUUCUCCAAAGCGAGCUCCGCUGCCAAAGUUGUUGGUGUAAUUUUGAGUAUUUCCUUCUUAUUAUUCUUCUGCAUAAUGCAAUACUACGACAAAAUGACGUUCACUCUCAAAGCAAUUGCAUGCCUCAUACCAAAUCUUGGCAUGACUCUUGGAGCGAUUGUCAUCGGCAAGUUUGAAGGAUCCGGUAGCGGCGUUCAAUGGGAUAACCUUUUUCAUGGUGUUGAUGUGGAAGACACGUUCUCCCUCGGGACUGUGUUCAUCAUGAUGAUUAUUAGUUGUGCCAUAUAUGGUAUGCUUACAUGGUAUAUUGAAAAUGUGUUCCCAGGAAAGUAUGGUACUUCGAAACCUUUUUACUUCCCAUUCACCAAAAGCUACUGGUGUGGAAGCUUUGAAAAGGUAUCAAACGAUGAAGAAACCUUGCCAUUAUUAAGAAAUGCGGCGAAGUUCGAAACAUCGAAGAAGUUCGAAAGGGCUCCUCAAGGUCUGGAUGUGGGGAUUGACAUCAAAAAUUUAGUGAAGAUCUUUGACGGAGUAACAGGUAAAAAAGUUGCUGUGGAUGAUGUUAAACUAAAGAUAUACGAGGGACAAAUUACGGUUCUUCUUGGUCAUAACGGAGCUGGUAAAAGUAGUUUGAUGUCUGUCCUUACCGGUUUUUAUUCUCCGAGUAAGGGAACUGCCGUUGUCAAUGGUUACGACAUUAGAACAAGCAUGGAUGGCGUACGGUCAAGUUUAGGUUUAUGUCCACAACAUGACGUUUUGUACGAUCGACUGACUGUUAAGGAGCAUUUGUGGUUCUUUGGAAAACUAAAGGGUCUGUCUAAUGAUGAAAUCGAUAGCGAAGUGGAAAAAAUGAUGGAGUCCAUCAAACUCGCGGAUAAAGCUAACACUCAAACAAGAUAUUUGUCUGGCGGGAUGAAACGCAAGCUAUCUUUAGGAGUAGCGCUGAUUGGAAAAACGAAGGUGUUAAUGCUUGACGAACCUACUUCCGGUAUGGAUCCAUCUGCCCGCAGGUUUACUUGGGAACUGCUUCAGAAGUAUCGUGACGGACGAACGAUCUUGCUGACGACACAUUUCAUGGACGAGGCGGACGUUUUAGGUGACCGCAUUGCGAUAAUGGCCGAGGGCAAAAUCCGUUGUUGUGGUAGUUCAUUGUUUUUGAAAAACCAUUAUGGCGUGGGUUAUCAUAUAGUGAUGGUCACAGAACCAGAAUGUAAAGAACACAAAAUUGACGAACUUGUUAAAGCGUAUGUCACGAAUGGCCAAUUGGAAAGUCGCGCUGGCGCUGAAAUGUCCUACAUCUUGCCUCGGGAAUCUUCGCGGAAUUUUUCCACGUUGUUCUCAGAACUGGAGACUCGACAAAAGGAGCUGGGAAUUGCUAGUUAUGGCGCUUCAAUGUCAACCAUGGAAGAAGUUUUUAUGAAAGUGGCAACGGAAUGUGACAACACGUUAAAUGAUAGACUCAAAGCGGAUGCAAUAAACGCUUCAGUAAGUACAGUGAAUGACGAAGACACAUUAUAUGGACGCAACAACAGCAUGAUGCCACUAACAAACACAACAAAGCCACAGUUAAACUACGGAAUAACCUUGUUUCUGCAGAGGUGGUGUGCUAUGUUCAAGAAACGCUUUCUUCAUUCGCGUCGAGAUAAGAUAGCCAUAAUUCGUCAGCUUCUCGUGCCUCUAAUUUUUACAAUACUCGCUCUGAUUGCCGCUGACACGAUACCUAAGCCCGAGGACUGUCCUCCCAGAAUUUUGACGACAGCUAUGUUUCAUGAUAACAUUGCAGCUUACGCAAUUGUUGGAAACCCGGACAGGGAGAUAAAUGAUCUGGUUAAAAUGUACACACACUCGGCAAGCUCGUACACUAAGUUCGUUGAUAUCAACAAGGAUAGUGCUUUCCGUGAUGGGAACAUGACCAAAUAUUUGCUUGAAAAAGCCAAAGGAAGAAACAUUGGAUACUUCAAUAGACAUUAUCUGGUUGCAGCGACAUUUACUGAAGAAAAUAAAAAAGCAAUAGCCAAGGCUUGGUUCAACGAUCAAGCUUAUCAUGCGAUAGCGGUGGCACUGAGUGCAGUGGACAACGCCAUUUUGAAAAACAGUUCCGGAAAUAAAAACAAAUUAAUCACAGUGACAAAUCAUCCUUUGCCGAGAACUACGAAGCAAAAAUCAAAUGAUUUAGAUGAGUAUGUUAUUUUUGCUUUCGAGCUUUUCCCAAACUUUCACAACAAACGUUCCUAUAACUAUAUUGGGACAAGUAAAUAUAAUUUGUAUUUCCGUAAUGAAUACAACAAUGUUCGUCUUUAUAUAGCUGGCUUUCUGCUGCUUGGCAUGGCGUCUCUUGCUUCAUAUUUUGUCGUGUUUGUCGUCGAGGAGCGAACAAACGAUGCAAAACAUGUGCAGUUCGUUAGCGGUGUUGAUCCCAUUAGCUACUGGACUGCUUCAUGGUUGUGGGACAUGGUGAAGUUCACACUUCUCUGUAUCGGCAUUGUUAUUUUGUUUGCGUGUUUUAACGUUCCUGCGUACACAGAAGGCUAUCGUCUUGGAAUAGUUUUUCUCGUUUUGAUGCUUUAUGGUUCAGCCAUCAUCCCGUUUGUGUAUCUCUUCUCGUUUCUCUUCAAAACGGUGUCGAAAGCUUUCGGCUUUAUGACGAUGUUGAAUUUUGUAACUGGUCCUAUCGCCUUGCUUGUUGUGUUCAUCAUUCAGAGUCUUGACUACCAUCACACUGUUGAUGUCCUUAACUGGAUUUUUUUGGUACUCCCCAACUUUUGCCUCGGACAGUCGUUCUCCAAUAUUUUUGAGAAUUAUAACCGUAUCAGACUUUACAAUAUGUGCAUGGAAAAGUAUGCGCGGGUGAUGUGCAUGCCUCUGAAAGCGAGGAUUCAGACGAAUUAUUUGGCCUUUGAAAAUCCUGGAAUUGGUCGAUUUCUCUUGGUGUUACCACUUGAAGGAAUCUUCUUCAUGCUUAUUAUUCUGUUGAUUGACUUCAAUGCUAUUCGGUCGUUGCGAAGUUCCAUUAGAUCGGUGUACGUCGAUCCGUUUGACAGCAUGCAUCCAAACGACGAAACGGAAGAUUCCGACGUGAUGGCGGAAAAACGACGAGUACUCAACGACGAAGUGAACGAAGACGUGCUUGUAGUGAAGGAUCUUACGAAAAUAUUUAAAGUUCCAGGUCGUCGAACUUUUGCUGCAGUGGAUCACAUCAGCUUGGGAAUACCUUUAGGUGAAUGCUUCGGUCUCCUGGGAGUCAAUGGCGCGGGAAAAACUACAACGUUUAAAAUGUUAACAGGCGAUGUGAUUCCAACUUCGGGCACCGCCGUCCUUGACUCGUGGGAUAUUCAGACUAAUUUAAGUCGGGUUCGUCAACGAACAGGCUAUUGUCCACAAUUUGAUGCUUUGAUCGAUUUAUUGACGGGACGGGAGAUGUUACAAAUGUAUGCUGCACUUCGUGGAGUCCCCAGACAUGAAAUCAAUCCAUUGGUUGAAGAUUUAAUGAGAUCAGUGUUGCUAACGGAACACGCUGAUAAGUUAACUAAAACAUACAGUGGUGGAAACAAACGCAAACUAAGUGCAGCGAUAGCUUUGAUUGGCGAUCCACUCAUAAUUUUUCUCGAUGAACCAACAACUGGAAUGGAUCCUGUUGCAAGACGACUGUUGUGGAACACUUUAUGUAGAGUCAGAGCCGAAGGUCGAUGCCUGAUGAUUACGUCACACAGCAUGGAAGAAUGCGAGGCGUUGUGUACUCGGUUGGCAAUCAUGGUAAAUGGCAAAUUUCGCUGUCUCGGUAGCCCGCAACACCUGAAGAACAAAUUCGUUCAAGGAUUCACUUUGUUAGUAAACCCUCCAAGUGACACGCCCUGUAAUGACACGACCUUAGUAAAAGAAUUCGUAGCAGAGACGUUCCCAGGCAGUGAACUUCGAGACGAGCACAAUGGCUUGUUGAAUUACCACAUAGGCAAUUUAAAAUGCGCUUGGUCUUCCUUGUUUGCGAUCUUAGAAGAUGCGCACAGCCGUUUUGUUAUCGGUAAUUAUGCUGUAACGCAAACCACACUGGAACAGAUAUUUUUAAAUUUUGCUCGCUCACAGAGAGGCUACGACGAAUAGAUGGUCGAUUAAUAUCGUCGUACAUGGGGCAGUGUGACCAUUUAUUGAGAAUUAUUACGAAAUCUUUUUUACUGUGCUAAGUGAUUGUUUGGUUGAUUUUAAUUUUUUCAAUCGCGCCUUGUAUACGCCAGUAAAUGUUGCAUACACCAAAAAGAAUUACCCGAAUGAAGUAAGCACGAUGCAUGACCUAGAACUCAGUCUAGUAGAUACCUGACUCCGCUGAAAUUUAUAGUUACGAGUGAGGCAAGCCGCCAUCUUGAAAGGCGGCAAAAUUGACGAUAUUUACGACUAAAAUCUGCUUUUUUUGCAUUGAAACGCAGCUGCAGAGUUUAUAGUAUAGGUUUUAUUUUUAAAAUUUUCCUUAAAAUUUUCAGCUUAUUUUUGAUUGAGAGUUUUGGUUUUUGCCACCAUUCAAGAUGGCGUCCUUGUCUCAGGAUGUCACGUUCACAUCUUGGGGAUUGGGUUCUAAAUCAUUGAGUAUGACGUUAUCAAAUAAUGUCAAGAACCAUGCCAGGCUCUCUCUCGAGACAUAUUCCAGAGGCGAACUAUGGUGGCAUUCAAAAAACACACUACGAUUCUUCAAUUGUAAAACGGCUAUAUUUCAUAAAUAUUUUAUAAAACAUCAACAUGCCUUGUUACACGAGCGAAAAUGUUUACAAAUCAACGAUUGUAUGGUUUAUCAAUUAAAAGUGAAUAAAAUUCUGCGGUUAUAAAUAUAAAA